UAUCCCCACCGGAAGCAGCGUGGUUCUACUAGUAACGUGCUUGUUUUCCCAGCAGUAACGGCUUUUCUUCCUUAAUGUCUGCAACACAUUUUCAAUAAAACAUGCCGGGCGGGUCGGAAUUUAAAAUUAACCCCAAGUUUGCACAGAAAUAUGAUAAAUACCGACAGAAAGAGGAGCUGCAGAAACUAAAGGACCGUUUCGGAGACCGAGGCGAUGACAGCGACUCUAAUUCAUCUGAAUCCAGCUCUGAUGACAGUGAAGUGGAGUUGGACCCUGCUGUGGAGAGGGACUUUUACCGAACCCUGUCCCUGCUGAAGAAGAGAGACCCGAAGAUCUAUGAGAAAGAUGCCAAGUUUUACUCAGAAGAUGCAUCCCAAGAUGAGGAAACUCCCUCCACAUCCAAACAAGCCAGAGUGAAGCCCAUGUAUCUGAAGGACUAUGAGCGGAAAGUCAUUCUGGAAAAAGAGGGCAAAUAUGAAGAUGAUGAGGACAGCGACGAUGAGGAAGCAGCCAAACGAAGAGAGAGGGCAGCCUCGCCAAGCUACAUCCAGGAGCAGAAGGAGAUCAAAGAGAGCUUCCGGAAGCUGGUUCAGGACAGCGACGAUGAGGGUGGCGAGGAAGGAGGAGCGUCAGAGCUGCUAACCAGGAGGAUCAAAACGCAAGCAGAGAAGGACAAAGAAGAGGCGGAUUAUUUGGAGUGGCUCAAAGGCCAAGCGGAGCUGGAGGGUCCGGAGGAGGUGAAGGACAUGAAAUACUUGCGGGAUUACUGGAAUGACCCGGAGCUGGACGAGAAGGAGCGAUUCCUUAGAGAUUAUGUGCUUAAUAAAGGCUACCUGGAUGAGGAAGAGGACGAUGAUGAACGGAUCCCAACGUACGACGAGGUGGUCCAGGACGAUGUGGAGGAUUCGGAAGAGGAGGGCGAGAGUUUCCUGGAGCGUCAGGAGGACUUUGAGAGGAGCUACAACUUCCGCUUUGAGGAACCCGGCUCCACGCAGAUAAAGACUUACCCCCGAAACGUCGCCACGUCAGUCCGCACCAAGGAUGACCGCAGGAAACGCAAGAGGGAGGAAGUGAAGGAAAGGAAGCAAAAGGAGAAAGAGCAGAAACGGGAGCAGCUGAAGCAGCUGAAGAACCUGAAGAGGAACGAGAUCAUGGAGAAGCUGAAGAAGCUCCAGGAGCUGACGGGGAACGAGCAGCUGGCUUUCAGUCAGGCUGACCUCGAAGGGGAGUUUGACCCAAAACAGCACGACCAGCUCAUGCAGGUCAGGAGAUAACACUGAACGCACAAACAACCCUUUA